CCCGCUGCUUCGGGCAGGGGCACGGACCUGCUGCGGAGAGCAGCCCCGGGGGAGCGCAGGCUGACGGGCCACACUGGUGUGGGCGCCUGAGGACAGCGGCGUCGGGACCGCUCGCUCUCGGCUGAGUGAACUAUGAUGAACCCACAAGGGUGAUGCUUGCUGGAGCUGCGCUCCCGGGUGCUGUAUUUCUGCCCGCCCUCGGCAGGCGCUCCCCUCAGCCCCGAUCCCCGCCCUAACCCAGCCGCGCCUGCGCGGCCUGACCGAGGGACGGGCGGCCCGCUGCUGCGGUGAGGGUCGGGCAGGGGUCCCGGAGACAGCGCGGCACCGGGCAGUUAUGGGUGAUGAGUCAGUACCAUAUUUGCUGGGUGAUGAAACCACUAAAACAUAUCAAAUACCUAUCAGUCACCUGGACUACAAAUACAUUGAAAAAUGCACAGACGUUAAGCACCUGGAAAAGAUUCUCAGGGUAUUAAGGUCUGGUGAGGAGGGAUGUUACCCUGAACUGACGUUGGCUUGUGAAAAGCGUAUUGAGAGUCUGGAUCCAAGGAGCAGAGCCCUGAGAAGAGAGAAGCCUGCAGCCACAGCUUCUGAUUUCUCAGCUGAAGAAUGGGAAGCAAUUCAUAGUGAAUUGAUGAGCUGGCUGACAGAAAUGAAUGAAGAUGAUAAAAAAUCACAGCUCUCGAGAACAGACACACUGAAUGAAAGACGAGAUAACUUGCCUCCCAUUCGUUGUUCCAGCAGCUGCCUUCCCACUAAUCAGAACAAAAAAUUGCAAAACAAACAAAGAAGCAAGAAAAAUGUACCACGGGAUUACAGUGAGUGGGACAAGUUUGAUGUGGAAAAGGAAUGUUCUAAAAUUGAUGAAGACUCUGAAGAAAGUAACUCAAAAGCAAGAUUCUGUAGUAGGCCAAGUCUACCUAUAAUUGAAAAGAAAAUUGACACAACUGGAAUGACAAGGAGAGAGAAAAUUUUUAUUGCUACUCGUGAAAAAGAAAAGGGCAAUGAAGCCUUUGCCACUGGCGAUUAUGUGGAAGCAGUGACGUAUUAUACUCGGAGUCUAUCAGUAAUACCAACUGCAGCUGUGUAUAAUAACAAAGCUCAAGCAGAAAUCAAACUUCAGGACUGGGACAGUGCUCUGCAGGAUUGUGAGAUGGUAUUAGAUAUGGAACCUGGCAACAUAAAAGCUUUGAUGCGCCGUGCCACUGUACACAGUCAUCUGCAGAAUUACCAGACAGCUGUAGAGGAUCUGAAUAAAGUGUUGUCUGUUGAACCAGAAAACUCUAUGGCUAAGAAACGUCUGCUAGAGAUUGAAGAGAAACUGAAAGAUUUAAAGCCUGUAUCUGAGCCUCAAGGCAAAGGAAAAAAAAUACUUAUUCAAGAGAUAGAGGAUACAGAAAGUGGUGAAGGAAGAGGGGAAAAUACAGAAGAAUGUGAAAGACGUGGUGGAGAUAAAAGCUCGGCCGCGGCAGCGGCGGCGCGGGCGGCGGCCGGGGAGCCCGCGAUGGGCAACGCGCACAGGAAGGCGCACGGCAAGGGCGGCAAGGCGCAGGACAGGGGCGCGCAGAGACACAAGGACUCCGCUGAGAGCGCGCCGAAAAAAGGCGCGUCGGAGAAGAAGUCAGAGAAGCAUUUGUCAGACCAUGAAGGCGAAGUUAAUGGCUAUUUACGCAGUGAUGAGAAGAGUGAAAGCGCCGAAGCGGAGAUCUCCAAAUCGUAUGGAGAAGGGUCUCCGUCGGCUGGCGGUGACAGUUCCACUUCACUUCCUCCUACUGCAGCAAAACUAAAAAGUGAAGGAAACGAGUUAUUUAAGAGCGGACAGUUUGGAGAAGCUGUGCUCAAAUACUCGGAAGCGAUUGAAUGUGUCACUGGUCUAGGAGAACAAAGUCCAGACGAUUUAAGUAUCUUGUACUCAAACAGAGCGGCAUGUUACCUCAAAGAAGGGAACUGCAGUGACUGCAUUCAGGAUUGUAACAGAGCUCUGGAGCUUCAGCCGUUUUCCCUGAAGCCUCUUCUGCGCCGAGCAAUGGCAAAUGAGUCAAUGGAGCGGUAUCGACAGGCGUACAUUGAUUAUAAAACAGUGCUGCAGAUAGACAGCAGCAUCCAAGCAGCAAAUGACAGUGCUAACAGAAUAACAAAGACUUUAAUAGAUCAGGAUGGUCCCAGUUGGAGGGAGAAGCUGCCACCAAUUCCAGUUGUUCCGGUUGCUGCUCAGCUGCACAGGUGGGAUGGAGGAAGCCCCACUUCAGAGAACCAGCCAAGUACUAUAGACAUCAACAGAGAAGAAGAAUUGCAGAUGAAUCGUGAGGAAGCUGUGGAGAAGUUCAAGAGGUUGAAAAAUGAAGGGAAUGAUUUUGUAAAAAUGGGGAAAUACGAAGAAGCUGCAAAUAAAUACACUGAGUGCAUGAAGUUAAAUACUGAGGAAUGUACUGUCUACACUAACAGAGCUCUCUGUUACUUGAAACUGUAUAAAUAUGAAGAGGCUAAGAGGGAUUGUGAUCAUGUUCUUCAGAUAGAAGAUUCUAAUGUUAAAGCUUUUUAUAGAAGAGCACUAGCAUACAAAGGAUUACAGAAUUAUCAAGCCAGUGCUGAUGAUUUCAACAAGGUCCUCCUAAUUGAUCCAAAUGUUCUUGAAGCACAGAAGGAAUUGGAGGAGGUAACCCAGCUGCUGCACCUCAACAGCAGUGCUGGAGCUGGCCAAACGCAAGGGAAGAAAAUGACCAUACAAGAGGUGACUGAAGGUGAUGAACACGAAGAGAGGCGGUUUGCUGCAGAGGCUGCUGAGGCUGCCCGUGUCCCUGCUGAGGGGACACAGCCAGUGCCACGGCGCUCCUCGGAGAGACUCCGCGUCCCAGAGCCGCCCAACGCGUACGACUUCGGCCAGACCCUGAACGCACUGAAUGCCAGCAGGGAUAGAGCUGCGUGUGCAGAGCUUCUGACAGCCACUGAUCCAAAAACACUGCCCGUGCUGCUGAGUAACAAACUUGAAGGAGAAAGCCUUCUGAUUUUUAUCCAGUCGUUGGAACAUUACAUAGCUAGGAAAGAUCCUGGCCUUGCAUAUCAGCACCUUUUCUACUUAAGCAGAGCAGAAAGAUUUAAGGUGGUGCUGGCCCUUCUUAGCAAAAACGAAAAAAGAGAGGUACAGCAACUGUUUGACUCACUUUCAGAAAGCCAGAGUGAUCAGUACUCACUGGAUGAUCUUGCAAGCCUUAAAAAGGUUUAUGAACUUUAGGAAGUUAAAGUCUAUUGGCUGCAUGCUAUAGUUCAUGUUAGAAGGUGAAUGAAUGAACUCUGCAGACUUGUCUGGGUUCAAGUGGGUCUUUACCUGGACUGCUGGAAUUCUAUUUUGUUUUGACACCAUAUGCACAUUUAAAACUUGCUGCUCUUUUCUUCUUGUAGUUGUCUACAUCUCUAGAAUUUAAUGCCCAUUGGUGUUCAGUAACAGAGUUCAUUUAGCAUACUGAUUUUAUUUAGACUCAGAAAAAUAUAGUUUACAUUAUAUAUGCAAAGUGAAAUACCUUGAUAGUACAAUAGGUAAAUACACUUCUAGUCAUCACUUGUUACAUCAUUUUAUGAGUUCUAUGGUCUUGUGAUAAAGAAAUGUCUUCAAGAUAAAUGGGGCAGUUACUUUUAGCAGUAACUUUGCUAAAGUGAGUUUACAGAAAAUAUUAACAUUUUUCAGAAAACUCCUGUGGCCAUUUGUUUGUUUGCUAUUCCUGGCCCGUACAAAACAGAUUUAAACAUUUUGGCUCAAUGCAUCUUAACAAAAAAGGUGAAUGAAUUGUAUAUUAGCUUGUCAUGGAAACAGUUAUUAAAUGGAUGGGUAUGUUUUUCACAAGUGAGUAAUUUUCAGUGCACAGAGAACUUUUUUCCUGUGUGUACAGGAGCAUGGCUGGUUUUGUGACUUUUUUUGGGCAGUAACAGAAGAACAAAUGGCUGCACUUCACAAUAGAAAUACUUAACUCUGAGUU